AUGCAUUUGUUGAAAGGCAGAGGAGGGGAAGAGGGGAGAACGGGUGACUCCGGGGAUUCAGGCACCGUUGGACCCAAUGGAGAGAGAGGUGCUCCUGGCAAUAGAGGUUUUCCUGGUCAGGAUGGGUUACCUGGUCAAAAGGGUGCCCAAGGUGAGCGAGGCCUGGGUGGAUCAUCUGGUGCCAAAGGUGCCGAUGGUGAUCCAGGACGCACUGGGGAGCCAGGUCUUCCAGGGGCCCGGGGUCUGUCAGGCCUUCUCGGCUCCCAGGGUCCCGAGGGACAGCAAGGACCAAUGGGAGGAGGAGGAGAGGAUGGGGGAUCAGGGCCAGCAGGAUCAGAUGGUUCCAGAGGUCCAGCUGGAACCAUGGGUGUAGUUGGACCAAAAGGCUUUACUGGAGACCCUGGUAAGACAGGAGAAGUGGGGACCCCAGGUGUUGCAGGACAGAGGGGGGCUAAUGGGAAAGCUGGAGAGAUGGGUGCUGGUGGUACUGCUGGUCCAGCAGGAGUUGCGGGGAAGAGAGGAGAGCAAGGACCUCCUGGUAUGAAUGGCUUCCAGGGUCUACCUGGAUCUGCUGGUCCCCCUGGAGAGUCUGGGAAACCAGGUGUUGAGGGUAUCACUGGAGAGGGAGGGGCUGCUGGUUUCACAGGGCCAAGGGGUGAGCGUGGCACCCCAGGAGAGAGAGGUGAAGUGGGAACUAACGGACUACUGGGGCCUAAAGGUAUUUCAGGGGGAACAGGACCAGAGGGACCAAAGGGUGGGUCUGGGACUAAAGGAACAGUUGGGGACAUAGGAGCCUUAGGCCUGCAGGGGAUGCCAGGGGAGAGGGGUAUCCCUGGUUCUCCUGGUCCUAAAGGAGAUGUGGGUUCAGUUGGUGAGAAAGGAGCCGAGGGUACUGCUGGAAACGACGGGCCCAGGGGACUUCCUGGUCCAGUUGGACCAACAGGAGGCAUUGGGCUCAAUGGUAAUAAGGGAGAGGCCGGCCCUAAAGGGCCCCCUGGACGUCGAGGAGCGAGAGCAGUCACCGUAAGGGGCUUCUGGAGAGCCUGGUCCAAUCGGUGCAGUAGGAUUCCUGGGCCUCCUGGUCCCGAUGGGCAACCCGGGGUCAAAGGUGAACCAGGAGAGGGGGGUCAGAAGGGUGAGGCUGGAGCACAGGGACCCCAAGGAACAGCUGGUAAACUUGGUUCACAGGGUCCUGUUGGUGUGACUGGACUAAAGGGGGCCAGAGGAACACAGGGGGCCGCGGGUGGGUCUGGUUUCCCAGGUUUCCCAGGGGGAGUUGGUCCAGCUGGCUCCGCUGGUGCGGUAGGGGCGCCUGGAGACAUUGGUACCCCAGGGAAGGCAGGUACUCCUGGACUUAGAGGUGAGAAUGGAGGCCCUGGGCGUGUAGGAGAGAGAGGGGCCCCGGGCCCAGCUGGUGCCCCGGGAGACAAGGGAGAGCCUGGAGAAGAUGGACCAGGGGGCCCUGAUGGGCCGGCGGGACCACCAGGCAUCUCAGGACAGAGAGGUGUUGUGGGCAUACCUGGAGUCAGAGGAGAGAGCGGGAUGGUUGGGCUCCCCGGUACUGCUGGAGCACCCGGAAAAUCAGGUGCCCCCGGAACUCGGGGAGACAAAGGUGCUGUCGGUGCAGUCGGGUUAGCAGGGGCAACUGGACCGAGAGGAGACCCUGGUCUUGAGGGUAAUGCUGGGUCUGAUGGGGUACCUGGCAAGGAUGGACUUAUAGGAGCCAGGGGAGAUAGAGGGAAUCCUGGUGCUGAGGGUCUGGCUGGAACUCCGGGGCUUCAUGGCUCUGUUGGUCCAGUCGGCACCUCUGGUGUCCCUGGGAAGAGGGGAGACAAUGGUUCCAGAGGGCCUCCAGGACCCCAGGGAGAAUCAGGGAUCCGGGGGAAGCUGGGGCCUCAAGGGCCACAGGGAGAGGGAGCCAAAGGAGACCAAGGAGAAAGGGGGCAGAAAGGACACAGAGGCUUCACUGGAUUGCAAGGCUUACCUGGGACAAGAGGACAAUCUGGGGAUGUUGGAGCUCGAGGAAUUGUAGGACCUACUGGACAGAGAGGCCCCCCUGGUGUAGUUGGCCCCGCAGGAGGUGAUGGACAAAUCGGGCUGACCGGGCCCAUGGGCUCCCCUGGAUCAAGAGGAAUAAGUGGAGACAUCGGACCUCAGGGGCCUCCUGGAGAUGAUGGUCCACCCGGCCCAGGGACCCCUGGCCCUCCCACUGCUGGGGCUGAUAUGUUCAGCCUUGGCAGCUCCUUUGACUACGACUACGGCCCAUCCCCUCCAGAGUUCAACGAGGAUGAGGCGCGUCCCAAUAAGGCCUCAACCGUCCUCAGGGCAGACCAGGGCAUCCAGACCACGCUGAAGAGCCUCAGUGGAAACCUGCAGAACAUGAAGUGCCCCGACGGCAGCCAGGCCAACCCCGCCAAAACCUGCCAGGACAUCAAGCAGUGCCACGCCCUUAAAAAGACCGGAGACUACUGGCUGGACCCCAACCAGGGAAGUACCAAGGAUGUUAUCAAGGUGUUCUGCAACAUGGAGACUGGUGAGACCUGCAUCUCAGCCCACCCCAUCUCAGCCAGCAUCCCUCGCAAAACAUGGUGGACCAAAUCUACUCCCACUGCCAGCAAACCUGUCUGGUUUGGAGCAAACAUGAAUGGAGGAACUAAAUUUAGCUACGGCAACAAGGAGGAGUUGCCCAACGCCGUAUCCAUUCAGAUUAGGCUAAUCCGCCUGCUGUCUAAGGAGGGUGUCCAGAAUGUCACCUACCACUGCAGGAACAGCGUGGCCGUGAAUGACGGCGCCACAGGCAACCUGAAGAAGGCUCUGGUCCUCAAGGGCUCCAACGGACAGGAGGUCAAGGCUCAGGGCAACGCCCGCCUCAGAUACACUGUCCUGGAGGACGGCUGCUCCAUAUCGAAUGGAGACUGGGGCAAGACUGUGAUUGAGUACAGGACUCAGACGCCAGCCAGACUACCUAUCGUAGACUUGGCCCUGGACAUAGGCAAGGAGGAUCAGGAAUUUGGCCUGGACAUCGGACCUGUGUGUUUCUCCUAAACCCAACACACAUGGAUGGAUUGAUUUCUUUAACCCUUUGAGGAGUGCAUUUUUUAGAACGCCAUCCUCAGUUCUCAGUUUAAAGAGGCAAUCUGGAUUUCAAACAUUCUUCAAGAAUCAAUGGCUAUAUAUCAUUCAUUUAAAAUAUUGCCCCUUUAAGAAUUAGGUUUCAGUUCAAUAACUAAUAAUGAUUAGACCCACCUGUUGUAUAAUGAACAACAACCCCUUGUGAUGUCAUCAAUUAGAAUCGGUUAGAAUGUUGUCGUCCAUUCUCCUCCAAAGGGUUAAUUAUUCCCAAGACUCUUGGACUACCUGCUGAAGCAAUCAGCGUUGUACAUAAAGGCCGGGCGGAGAAACAUGUCCUGCCUGCUACUAAAUUAUUUAUUGCAUUUUUCCAAGAUACAACUAAAGUUGUUAGUGCAAUGGUACUGGUAGCAAUUAUUAUUGAGGAAUGCAGGUGAAUUGUAUUAGAAGGUAAUUGUGACAUAAUGGAGUUUCAGGUCCUGAAGGUUUAAGCUUGUUGAAAACGUGACAAUUUAUGGAACUUAAGUUAUGAGUGUCAGUGUUGUAUGACGUUCCAUCAUACAGUUUCUCAGUGAAUGCCACUAAAUAGAUAUACUUUCACUUGAUGUUGAGACAAAACAACAACAAUUGUAUUCCCUUUUUCAAAUGUAAAUGAAACAUAAGAAUGUAAAUUGCCCUUCACACGUUUAUUAUUCCUGUUUAUUGUUGAUAUUAUUAUAUUUUCUUCUUUCGACUGAUGGUGUUACACCCAAUAAAAUGAAUCUCAUGCCCUUUUCAGUCAAUCUGGUUUAAGGUUCAGGACAGGAUGAAUAAAACAUACCUUCCUAUU